AUGGCCAUGCAUGGUGCCAUACGGUGCAGCAAAUGCUUCAACAGCACAGCAGAAGAACACGCAGUAUCAUUAGAGCUCCUGCAAAUGGGAUACGGUACUUGGUACUCUUCCAAGAUGGUUGGUAUCCGAGAUGAUGAAGCAUGGUAUGACAAUCUGGAGAAGCUCAAGCAAUUCAAGCAGAAGAAUGGACACUCCAGAGUUCCACGUGCUCAGCCACAACUGGGAGUGUGGGUGUCAAAUCAGCGGCAAAGGCAAAAUACGAUUCCCAAACAUCGAAUGGAUGCCAUUGAUGCCAUUGGAUUUUGUUGGUCACGUGAUGAAGCUUGGGAAACAAUGUAUGCUGAAUUGAAGAAAUUCCAAGAAAGGCAUGGUCACUGCAGGGUUCCAAUAGCAGGGAAACUAGGCAAGUGGGUCGCCAGGCAGCGGUUCUUUCACAGCGAAGGAAAGCUGAAUGAGGAGAGAUUUCAAAAGUUACACGGUAUUGGUUUUGCUUGGACUCUCAGAGAAACCGCUUCUGAUCCAUUGGGAGGUGAAUCGCUAGCCAUGUUUGCCAAUCUGCAGAAAUUCCAAGAAAAGCAUGGACCCUGCAAGGUACCAUUUUCAGAGGGAAAGUUAGGUAGUUGGGUCUCUACACAGCGAGGGCUUUUCAACAGAGGGAAGCUGAAUGAGGAGAGAUUUCAAAAGCUACAAGAGCUCCGUUUCACUUGGGUGUUAUGUGGCAAUUCUUCCUCUUGUGUGGCACAACCUAGACAAGGUACCCGAUCUCAAACAUCAAGGAUGGGAGGAGCUGCUGGUAAGAAGGGGAUAAUGGCUUUUGAUUUGGGUGAUGAUGAAGAUGAUGAUGACGAAGAUAGAGAUGACAUGGAAUCAAUAAAAGAAAAACAACAAGAGGCUGAUGAUGAACAGCCUUCUGAUGAAGAAAUGUCUAGCAAACCUCAAGCAAUGAAGCUCAAGAGAGCAACAAAAUGCCAACGUCACAAACUUCAAUGGUAUUCCAGGAAACUGAAAGCUACUCCCAAGAAGAAUGCUUCCACAGAAAAGGAUGACACCGAAUCCAUAACUGAAGACAAGGCUUCCAGGAGGAGAACUGCCGAAUUGGGGAUGGAAUCAGAAAAGGAGGAGGAAGGAGAGCAGAGCAUAGAGAUGGAAGUUUCGUGUGAUGAGGACAAUGAUGAUACCAGUAGUGACAUUGAAGGUGACAUUGAGGAAGAAGCUAGUAUUGGAAUUCCCAGAAGGGCCAAGGGUUCCCAACUUCAAAAGCUCCGCAAGCUGGUUGCUGCCCAGGAGACAAUCAUCAAAAACCAGAUUGAACGGCUGCACUACAAGAGAACAAUUAUCCGCAGUCAGAGAAGAGCCAUCAGAAAACAGAAAAGGAUAAUCAACAUGCGACAGAAAUUCAUCCAGAAGAUGCCCAUCAAAAUGGCUGUGCUGCAACAGCAAGUUGAGACAAUUCAACAAGAGCUUGCAGAUCUUCAGGGCUCAGGGCUUGACCUUUAG